AUGGUGGCAAAGGCGGAUCUCGCCCCGGAUGCGAUCGACGCCUACUUCGACGGUUUUAGCGAUGUGAUUCGAAGCACAUGUGAUGGAGGCGCCCCUGACAAGAUCGCGAAUGCGCCAGCAGACAAGAGCACUGCCCGGAAUAACGAGACCACUCAGCGUGCAGCCGCAUCGACGAAGGUCAAAUGGUCGCAUUAUCAGUGUACGCAUGGCGGUGCCAUCCAAGGCUCGCGGGUCCAGAGCGAGGGAAAGCUCCAAAGUAGCGAUUCAUCGUUCGACGACUUCUGGACAGAUGUAAUUGCCCCCCUCAUUGAUACCUUCGCGUCGAUGGCCAAGGAGGCUGGAUUGGCGCUGUUUCACCUCUUCAGCCCAGCGGACUCGAUCACGCCGCGGCAAGCACUAUCGCAGCUCGGCUCAGACAUGUUGCUGAAGCUUCUAGACGGCAUCAAGAGAAUAGCCAAGGGGCUCGUCAGUGUCGGAUCUACCCUCAUUCGAGACAUCAAGUCCGCGUUCAACUACAAAAUCAACAUCCCCAUUUUCUCGUGGCUUUACAAACAUGUUCUCUCCGGGAAUGACCUGACCGUUCUGGAUGGCUUUGCAUUGGUCGUUGCCAUCCCUGUGACUGUCUUGACCAAAAUCGUCACAGGUGAACGUCCUGCGGAUAUGACAACCCUCAACUACGGAGAUCUGAUGGCUGGGACUGCCGACGCAACCCAGAUGAUGCAAUUCAGCCAGUUUGCCAGCUCCUCCAGCCUCUGCUGCCGACCUUUCCUGGCCGCGCUUGAGCUGGUCGAGACGGUUUUUGGGGCCCAGCACGCACGAUUCCAAGCCUGUCAUAUCAAACAGUACGGCCGGGUCCAACCUCUUGCAUCGGGCGGAGACCUGGUGACGAAGUAUUGGAAGGACGUGUUUGCGGUGAUUGUAACUGUGGCUACAAUCCCGUUUAACCCUGCUGAGACUGCUUACGAUCUCCGAUGGGGGAGCUGGGCAGUGUGCACUGUCAAUCGAGGCGUGGAUAUGGCCAUCCGACGGGUGACGGCGGCGGGGCCAACGAAGAAGGCUCUCGGGAUGGCGACCAUCAUGCUGGGCAGCGUGAACUACGGUCUCGUUAUCGCGGCCCGCAUCGAAGAAUUCCAGGCGCCAGGCAACCAGGAAGCGCUAGUAGUCCUCGACUGUGUCUCGGGAACAUUUGAUCUGGUGGAUACUGUCUGUCACGGCGCGGCCCAGCUGGAUGUCGAUCCUGAGUCCGCAGCUGCUCUCGAGGUGGCCUCGAUGGCGACCGGCAUCUUCGCCAUCGUUAUCACCGGUGCAACCUAUAUCACGCGUGCUGCGGAGGGGGAGUAUAAUCACAUUAUUUCGUACCUCUAA